AUGACAGGUGUAUGGGUGUCUAUUGUGAAAUGUAUUUUGAAAGUCAAAGUUGCGGGAACUAAUUUGGUUUCUUUGUCUAAAGGGGAGGUGGGAAAUGGAAUGGACAUUCGAUUCUGGUUAGACCCAUGGGCAUGUAAUGAUACGUUGAAGGAGAGGAUUCCGACACUCGCUGCUCUCAAUACUAGAAACUGUCGGUUUGGUUCACUGUUAUGUGGAAUGUGCGACCAACAUGAAGAAUCAAUUGGUCAUUUACUGCUUGAAUGCGAAGUGGCUAUGGAAAUUUGGCAAAAGAUUGGAGAUUGGUGUAAGGAGCAGCCUCUGUUCUUCUUCUCGACUACUGAUUUGUUCAAAGCUCACAACGUUGAGGGACUUGGGAUUAAGGAGAAAAGUGUGCUGAAGGGGAUCGUUUUUAUCACUUGUUGGUGCAUUUGGAAAGCUCGCAACGACUUACGGUUUGCCAAUAUCACUAUAAAUGUUGACAGGAUUUUUAAUGACAUUAGAUCGAUUGGUUUCUUAUGGUAUAGGAAUAGAGGUAAACACCGAUCAAUUAUGUGGAACGAUUGGUGUGGUUUUAAUUUGAGGUAA